GCAGAAGAUCCAACUUUUAGGUCCACCAAAUUUAUAAAGCACUUCCGGAUUUUUUUUUUAUGAACGUUUGAAAUGUGAAACACUGAAAAAUGGCAAGAAAUAGUGAGAAGGCCAUGACCACCCUGGCCAGGUGGCGGGCUGCUCAUUUAGAAGGAGGCGUGAAAGAUCAGGAGAGACGUCCAUAUUUAGCCACAGAAUGUGAUGAACUUCAUAAGUGUGAAAAAUGGAGAAGACAGAUCAUUGGGGAGGUGUCCAGGAAGGUGGCACAGAUACAAAAUGCUGGUUUAGGAGAAUUCAAACUACGUGAUUUAAAUGAUGAAAUCAACAAAUUAUUACGAGAGAAAGGUCACUGGGAAGAUAGAAUCAAGGAACUGGGAGGUGCAGAUUACAAGAAUGUUGGACCAAAAAUAUUAGAUACAGAUGGCAAAGAAGUACCAGGAAAUAAAGGAUACAAAUAUUUUGGUGCGGCCAAAGAUUUACCAGGAGUUCGAGACUUGUUUGAACAAGAGCCUCCUAAAAUGUCAAGAAAGACAAGAGCAGAAAUGAUGAAGAAUAUUGAUGCUGAUUACUAUGGUUACAGAGAUGAAGAUGAUGGGAUUAUUAUUCCACAGGAAAUAGAACUUGAGAAAAAAGUCAUUGUUGAAAAGGUAUCAGAAUGGAAGGAGAAACAAGCGGCCAUUGCUAAAGGGGAGGUAACUCCUGAUGAAGAUGUAGAAAUGGAGGAGGAGUCUAUAUAUAAACCAGAUACAGAGAUUGUUGAUGAAGAAGAAAGAAAGACAGAAGAAGAAAAAGCAGACAAAGAAGAACACUUUAUAGCUCACGUUCCUGUACCAUCACAAAAACAGAUUGAAGAAGCUUUAGUUAUGAGGAAGAAAAUGGAACUUUUACAAAAAUAUGCUAGUGACAAUUUACAGGAUGAGGAACAAGAAUCAAAACAGUUGUUAGGGGUGUGAUAAGUGUCAUGGUUACGAUACAUCAGAAAUAUAGGUCAGAAUAUGGAACAUGACAAACCCAGUUCUUGUCAUACUGAAUGUAAUUCUUAAACAGCCUUGUCAAUGUAGGCAUUAAAUUUUUACCAGUCUGUGAAACUUCAGUUUCACACAUUCAGGUACAGAUGUUGCUGGUGACGAUUUUGCUAUUUUAUAUUGCAUUCCUAAGUGCUAUAUGUGAAGAAUUUUGUAGAUAGUAUCUAUGAAUUUUGUAAAACUCUGCCAUAAAUCAGCAGAGAAAUACACCUAUCAUUAUCAUUCACCAUUUUAUGACACAUUGCAAUCACCGUAUCAUUAUAAAUGUAAAUAUCUUAUUAGAUCAUAAGGAAACACAUCACCUUCU